CACCCACCACCCCCUGAGCGCAUGCGCGGCCUUUCCCGCCUCUCGCGCGAAUCUCCUCCGACCCUUCUCCACUUCCGCCGAUUUCUUCCCCCGAUCAGAUCUGACCAGCUGACAACAUGGAGGACAUCAUAGCUCAGGUGCAGCAGGAAAUCCUAUGCAGGGAAAGGCAAAUAAACUUUUUAGCCCGCAUACUGGGAGAGGAUGACAGUCCCCUCCCCAGCAGCCUGUUCCUCUACGGUCACAGUGGAACAGGAAAAACACUUGUGACGACAACCCUACUCAAUAAGCUAGACAUUGUCACUAGUCAUGUAAACUGCGUUGAAUUCUACACCUCUAGGGUCAUGUAUGAGACCAUUCUUAAUCAGCUGAGUGGCACGGUUCCCAACAUUAACAACAACUUCGCGUCCUAUGCCUCCUGUGACAACCUGGGGGAUUUCACAAGACACGUCCGGGAAAUUGCGAAAGAGAGAGGAGACCCGCGAAUGGCUAUUGUGUUAGAACGCAGCGAGCGCCUGAGAGACUGCGAUGCCAACAUCCUCCCAGUGCUGUGUCGAUUGCAGGAACUAACUCAGGAUGUCAAUAUUGUUGUCAUCCUGUGUUCAACUCUCCCUGUGGAGAAGUUCCGUGCUUCAACUGGAUUUAUGGAGCCGAUUGCCUUUCAUUUUCCUCAGUAUACAAAAGAUGAAUUGGUCAGAAUCCUGGUGACACGUAGAGUGUCAGAAUAUUCCGAAGAAUUCUACACCAAUUACGUCAACCUGGCAUUGAGUGUCUUUUACCAUGCUACAAAAAGCCUGCCUGAGCUGAAGCAUUUGGUCCAGUUGAACUUCAAAGCUUAUUGUGAGCCCAUAGAAAAAGGAGAGGCCACAGAGACGGACAUCAAGAAACUGUGGAGGAACAUUGAGCCUCACCUGAAGAAGGCCAUGUCGUCGGUUUACCUGAGAGAAGUGUCCAGCUCCCAGUUUGAGAGAAUGCAGUCACUGGUGUCUGAAUCCACAACCUCAGGGGAUCUUCCGCAGCUUCAGCCACAAAUGAAGUUGACGGGGACAACCAAGAUUGAACUUCCCUUCUACUCCAAGUUCCUUCUGAUUGCCGCCUACCUGGCCUCGUACAACCCUGCUCGCACAGAUCGCAGGUUCUUCAUGAAGCACCAUGGCAAGCAGAGAAAGACGCAGGCUAUGAUCAAGGCCAAGGAGCGCUCCAGCAACCAGCUCGUGGGUCCCAAGCCCUUCCCCCUAGAGAGGCUGAUGGCCAUUUUCUACUCCAUCAUCGAGGACAAAGUCAGCCCAACUGCGAACAUCUUCUCACAGAUCUCGACACUAGUAACCCUAAGGCUGGUGACGCAGAUUGGAGGGGAGGACCAGCUAGAUGCACCCAAGUAUAAGUGUGCUGUACCCCUUGACUUCAUUAGAGGCAUUGCAAGAACUGUUGGCUUUGACAUUGUGCGCUACCUCUAUGACUAUGCCUAAGGAGGGCCCUUUCACCAUAACCCAAUGCCACCGGGGAAACGUACUUACACGUCAUGCCCGUCGGCAUUGGGUUAAGAAGAGGCACUGUAAACCUCAGCGACUUGGAUCACAACAAACACCAUGAUGUCUAUUUCUUCCUUAGAUGAGGAGGAUUACAAACCAGAUUCUUCAUUCUCAGCAGAUGCCUGUGUUGCUCUUUGCAUUUUGUAGAGAGUGAGAAAUUUUGAACACAUUGCAGGAGACACGAAUCUUAUGGAGAAAGUUAUGGUUUUCAUUGGAUUGAAUGUCAGGCAGCCAAUGGGGUUGUUCUAGGAAUCUGUUUUGAAUAGAGUAGGAGUCUUUUUAGAAACUUUUUCUUUUUUGUAGAUAAUUGAUUGUAAACACAGUACUCAUUCUUUCUCUUUCUCUUUCACUUGCUCAUUCUUUCUCUCCUUCUCUUUCUCUCCUUCUCUCUCUCUCUCUCUCUCUCUCUCUCUCUCUCUCUCUCUCUCUCUCUCUC